AUGAUGCUUUUUUAAAGAUCAUUAUUUUGUGCAUUUGGUGUAACAGAAUAUGUUGACAUGCUUUAAUGUUCAAAAAACACAUUAUUUUCCAAAUACUGUAAAUUAUUGUAGGUCCUCUAUGCCCCGCCUCUCUCAAACGCUUCGCCCCUCCUUCCGACAAGAGCAGUCUGCUCUGAUUGGCUAACUGGCACAUUGCAUUGUGAUUGGCCAAACACCGCAAGCACUCGUGUAACGCCCCUUUCUAUAAUCGCGAGCUUCAGCUUUAAAAAUAAAAGUAAAGACAGUUAAUAAUGUCCUUAGUUUCACCAUCAGUUCAAGCCCGAGAGGGGAACAGAGUCUCGUGACAGACACGGUGAUGAAGCUCUGAUGAGCGGGGAGAGACCGGUUAAAAGAGAGCGUCUGGGGAGUGUGAGGGUGAGAGAGACGGGACGGAGAGCUCGUGGAGGACGGAGGCUGAAAGGCCAGAGGAGGACUGAGUACCGGAACGAAAGAAAGAAAGCUUCGCCAGCGCAGAGAGCGCGACGUGCUGUUAUAUGAAUCAUUUUUGUUUUAUGUUGAAUAAAUCCACGAGCCUCCUUGAAAUUGACCCCGCCCUCUUCCUUCCAUUCCACGAACCUUACCACAGUGGUGCCGAAACCCGGGAAGGAAGUCGGAACGCCGCCACCAGCAUGUCCUCUCCGUCAGGAUCGCCAUUUGCGGACGUCAUCCACUCGCUCGCGGGCCUCCACCAGGAACAACACCAGGCAUUACUGGACAUGAGGGAGGACCAGGAACGUCGGUUCCGGGCUCUCGUCCAGACGCAACAGGAGGACCGCGAGCUGUUCCGGAACUGGAUGGACCGGGAGGUUCGGGCUGGGGGUUCUCCACCUGCCCCGGCCCUGCCAGCCCACAUGCCGUUAUCCAAAAUGGGGCCACAGGACGAUCCGGAGGCCUUUAUCGACCUCUUCGAGAGGACCGCCGAGGCAUGUGGGUGUCAACCAAGUCAUCGAUCGCGUGGUGCUGGAGCAGUUCGUGGCUCGGCUGCCGAAGAAAACCGCGCAGUGGGUCCAGUGCCAUCGCCCGACGUCGCUAGACCUGGCCAUUCAACUGGCGGAGGACCAGAUGGUGGCGUGCCACGGGGUCGGCGAAACCCUGCCUUCUGUCUCUCUCUCUCUCUCUCCCUCCUCCUCCCACCCCCAAACCUGUCCCUCUCCCUAGGUCUCGGGUGAACCUGCCGCCUCGAGCCCAACCCCGAUGGAGGGGUGGUCCGGCACUGGAGUCAGCAGAGCUGAGGUCUCUGCCCAGGGGGGCGGGACCAGCUGGUCCGAGCGGCCCGUCGGGCCCCAUGCCACCGCUCUCUCCCCGCUCACCUCUUGACCCACUUCCUGCCCAUAGGGCGGCGGGGAAGUCUGGGCCGGCCUGUUGGCGUUGCGGGGACCCAGGGAACUUUAUUGAUCGGUGUCCACUGAUGGAGGUGGGGACGCUGGUCCGGGUUCCGGACGCCCUGCAGGCCGCCCCCGAUCAGGCUGGCAUGUACCAAAUACCUUGAUGAGCGGGGAGAGACCGGUUAAAAGAGAGCGUCUGGGGAGUGUGAGGGUGAGAGAGACGGGACGGAGAGCUCGUGGAGGACGGAGGCUGAAAGGCCAGAGAAGGACUGAGUACCGGAACGAAAGAAAGAAAGCUUCGCCAGCGCAGAGAGCGCAAC